AAUAAGCGGAUUAGAGAACUAAUCCGCGAUUCAUGUUUCGUCGUCAUCAGUGUUGAAAAAAUGUCAUCUCAAAGUGUUUUCUCUCGUAAUCUACCGGUUGUGAAACAAUCUUUAAUAGCAGUAAUCGGUAACACUGGAUUGUUUUUAAAGUUUGUGUGUAUAUUAGUCAUCAUUGGUCAUGCUCUGUCUUAUUCAGAUAGUGCAAUAGACGCCCUCAGUGUAACACCAGGAUAUCUACUGCCACCGACAUUUUGGCUCUGGACUGCAUUUACUCAUUGCUUUUUGGAAGUGCGUCUGUGGCAAGUUUGCGUUGACCUCAUCACUCUCGGACUCUGUGGAAAACUGAUAGAGCCAUUAUGGGGAAGCUACGAGAUGAUACUUUUCUUAUUGUUGGUCAACAUAUCUGUUGCCUUCAUAUCAACACUCUUUUACCUCAUCCUUUACAUCUGCACAUCAGACCCAGUGGUCUUAUUUGAAGUGCAUAUUCAUGGCAUGGCAGGAUAUAUUGCUGGACUCUCUGUUGCUGUGAAACAAAUUAUGCCAGACCAUGUACUUUUUCACACAAGAACUCCACUGGGUAAAGUUACAAACAGACAUGUUCCUCUACUGCUUUUCAUCACAUCUAUAGUUUUAUACAUCAGCGGUUUGUUGGAGGGUCUGUAUGCUACCAUGAUUGGCUGUGGCAUUGCUGUGUCAUGGACUUACCUUCGGUUUUAUCAAGUGCACUCAAAUGGUACCAGAGGAGACUUGGCAGAAAGUUUCACAUUUGCCAGUUUCUUUCCUACUGUUGCACAACCGGCAGUAUCAGUGCUCUCCAAUGGAUUCUUCAGAUUUCUGGUCAAGCUUAGGCUUUGCCGAAAGGCUGUCAGGCGAUAUGAUGUGGGAGCACCAUCUGCCAUUGCUAUUUCUCUACCAGGGAUGACUUCUUCAGAUGCUGACCGUAGAAGGCAAAAAGCACUGAGACUAUUGAGUGAACGUCUGAACCAGCAGCAAGCACCAAAAAUUACUGGUGAAGAAGCAUGGCCACUGUUGGAUGAAGCUUCAGGAGGAGGUGACAGCAGCAUCCCUACAUCAAUGUCCUUACCUCCUACCCACACAACUGGUAUAAACAAGUCUGUGAACAUCACCAUCCCUACACAGGCUCCAGUCACCCUUGCCACAUCACAGCCUCAAGACAAAGUUGUCAAUAUUGAUGUGUAAAAAUUGUACACAUAUAUAUGUUGUUUCUUCAAUGCAGUGAGAUGUGCUGUGGAGAGUAAUAUUUUGUUGAUUUCCUCUCAUCUUUUCUUAUUCAUGUCUUAACUAGUUGAAUAAAACCUGAUAAUUCUAUGUUCAAUGAAUGUUGUUGGGUUCUUCAUUUCUGAUAGGAAUAUAAUUUUACCUCUAGUAUCAGUCACUGGCAUUAUAAUGGAAAGCUCAAAAUGAGCAAAGAGAACACUCUAUGACUGCUCUGGUGCUGUGUUUUUUAUUCUCACCUGCACAUCAGCAUCAGCUUAGCUUGUGGACUAAAGUAAUUACAUUUAUAAAGUGUCUAGUGAGACGUUAUUCUGCAGCCUGGUGUACAUUCAGAGUAUAGGGAAUGAGCUUUUUUCUAGUUCAAAUAUUUGAUAAUGAGUACCGGUAAUUGGUUAUUCUGCCUUCUAGUUUAUUUUGAUUGUUCAAAAUUUUUAUAUACCAUAUUUUAAAUCGUUUAAAUCAGGUAUUGAGGCACUUUGAUUUUAUUUUAUUGAAUACGAAUCAAAUCCUCAUAUGGAAAUUAAUUAUUUUUACAGAUCAUUUUUGAAUCUAUGUUGGCUGUUGCAUUAUUAAUCAUAAGUUUUUGUUCUUAACAACUUGAAUUUUGAUGCCUUCUAAAUACUGAGUUUUCUGUCUUGAUGCAAAUAUUGCAUCGUUUUAAUACUGCGAAUAACGAUCAUUUUUGCUUUGAAAUAUUAGUGACAUUCUCCGCCACUAACAACUCAUUUCCUGUUAGUAUUUUCAACAAUCAUUUUGUUGGAUAUAUUCAUUUGUCUGAAAAACGUUCUAUCUUCACAACAUUGGUCAUUACUUGCGCACACUGAGGAACAGUUGAAACUUCACCAGUAAAUGCGCACUAUUCACUUUCAAAGCUGCAUUGCUACACCUUUAACAGAUCCAUUUUCUGUCAUACAUUUUUCAAUAUUGUGCAUCAGUUUGCUCACUUUUAUUUAUCAACUUUAUUGGGGCAUAUCUAUUCGUAUUUUGUUGUUGAAUUUAUGAUUGGGUUUAUUUUUUUAACUUUGUGACCAAGAAUGGUUAGGUUACUGUUUGUCAUAGCUCUUGUUGACACGCAAGAUACGUUUUUGCGCAAAAAUCCUCUUAAACAUUUCUUGAUUGCUGGUGCAUUUAUGGCCCUGGUAUUCUUCGCUGCUGAAUGAAGAAGUAAGUGGAAUUGAAAUAUUUCACAUUUCAAUUAUAACUCCUCAAACUAUUUUAAUACGGUAGGUAUAAUCACGUAAUGGAUGUAUAAAUGGAGAGAAAUAGAUCGAGACUUUUCACUAUUUGCUUGUAGAUUCAGCCAUCAAAGCCACGUAGAGGUUGAUGUUCUUGUAGACUGCGCAGGAUUAGACCAAUUCUGUUACUGUCUUUGUUGUGCGUAAAUGUCAUGGAACCUGUUUUACCUUACAUCUUUAAAUUACUUAGAAUUUUUUUAUUUCUAAACUAAUGUGAGAAGGUUAUUGAAAGAUGCUUCAAGACAAGGUACAUUAAUUUAUUUGGUCCUUUAUUUCUUGCACAUAAACAAUCUUUCGUUUGUUCAAUUUUUAUGGAUUUUAUUAGUUUGUGCUGAAGACAGCAGAAUUUUUCCAUUUAUGAUAUCAUGGAUCGUUAUGCGUAUUUGGUGCUGCAUAUGUCUGAAGAAGUUGAUUUUUUUUGUUGGCUGGCCUAAAAAUCACGAAUCUUUUGGGUUCUGGGAACAGUCUUUCAUCGUCUACACCUGGGUUCGUAAUGAAAUUACAAGUGAUACAUAUAGAUUUUUCGUCUAUCAUGAGUGAGGAAUUGAAAUGUCAUCACUCUGUGUGUCGUGAUAUUACUUCAUCACCUGACUACCUGUAUUUCAUUAUAGGCGCUUACAGUUUAUCUCAUUAAUAAAACAAAUGCAUUGUUCAGAAAUGUCAUUAGCUUGCAUAAUGCAUCUAGUUGAAAUGGCUCGAAAAUCCACACUCGAAUUUGCAUUGACAUAUUUAACCUGAGUUCAUAGUGUAGAAUCCACAACCAACUAUUUUUCUGGACACCAUAGAGUGGCCAGUGGGCUUGAACCUUUUUUUGCUGCAGGUGUACUGGGAAUAUUUUUGCUCGAUAAAAUAUUUCACGAAUUUGUCUGACACAGAAGUUAAAAUCGAGAAGUGAUUUGAUUUCGUUUCAGUCACCAUCUUGAAGGAAUACAUUUUUUAACCGUUCAUAACAAGCAUAAUGUUGUGUCAUCCGAUGCUAUCAGAUAAGACGUUUGCUUUUUAAUAAAUAUGGCACGGGCGGAUUUUCUAGAUUGAUGUUAUUGUUUAUAUAUACAACUAGAAAUGUACCGAUCAAAUAAAA